AACCCACACUGACAUCCCAACACUUGGGAUGCUAACAUUUUCUUUUGUUUUUGUUCCUUUUUUUUUUUUUUGCAUCUAACAAGCUUGUGGUGCUAGCUCAUUUUGAUUAUAUCCAUUUCUUUUCUUUUACAAAAGAUUUAUCUUUACAUGUCCUUGUCUGCUAUAGUCAUCACAUUCCUAUUUGAAUCCCUGAAGCCAUGUUUGAAUCUUUGCCCAUUUUUGAAGGUUGAUUAUUUCCAAGGGCUGGCAAGAUGACUCAGCAGGUAAAGACCCCUACUGCCCAGCCUGACAAGGGAGUUGGAUCCCCGGACUCUCAUGGUGCAAGGAGAGAAUUUUCUCCUGGAAGUUGCCCUAUGACUUCCUCGCUUGCGUUGUGGCACGCACAUGUCCAACACAAGCAUGAACACACCGAUAGAUAAAUAGGGUUCAUUUUGUAUAUUUUUAGUUUUUAAAAAGAUUUUAUUUGUAUCGAUGUUUUGCCUGCAUUAUGUCUGUGCAUCACGUACACUCAUGCAGUGCUCGAGGAAGCCAGAAGGCGACGGCGUCCUCUGGAACCGGAACUGGAGUUCUAUACUUUCAAGGUACACAUAUUACUAUGUAAAGAUAUUUUACUCAGGCCUUUCUUAGGAGUAUAAGGAAUGAAAAUCUAGAGGGAAAUUCGAUGCAGGAGGGCGGUCCUCCACUAGCCUUCUGGGACUGCGUCUGUGCCUCUGCAUCCUCACUUCCGUUACCACCGAGCCGGCGCCACAGUUUCUCCACGCGGAAUUAUGGGAACUCGUCAGCUUCAGAUUGACUUGUUAGCCAUCUGUUCCCCUGGGUUUGAGUUAUUUUAGCCAGGGACCUCUAGAAUGUCCCCUAGAUGCUUUUGAGGUCGACAGUUCUCAAAAGCAUUUGGGGAGACAAGGAAGAAGUGAAGUUUGAAAGUCCUGACUUCCCAAAAAGCACCGUGCGGAGCCCCGGGUGAGUAAGACUGACUCUGGCGGGUGUGUGGGUCUUACACUGUGAUUAGACGUUAGGAGACUGGCCUCAGAAGCUAGACUGUGUGAACCCACACUGACUUGGUCCACGCUCCCUGAGGAAGCUGGCCAGUGUCAUGUGAAAAUGGAUUCGAACUGUCUCUCAGGGAUCUUGAGAGCAGGGUUUGCAUAUUUGUGUGUGUGGACACUGCAGAUCGACUCGGCUUCUCCAGGAGCCGCCCCCCCCCCCCCUUUUUUCCCUAUUUAUCAUUUAUGGGGGGGGCACAUGAGUUGUGGUGUGCAUGUGGGAAUUAGAGCAGGGUUUGUAUAUUUGUGUGUGUGGACACUGCAGAUCGACUCGGCUUCCCCAGGAACCUCCCCCACCGCCCCCCCUUUUCCCAUUUAACAUUUAUUUUGUGGGGGGGCACGCGAGUUGUGGUGUGCAUGUGGAGAUUAGAGGACCAGUUUGGGGAGAUGCUGCUCACCUUCCACCGUGUGGGUUCUGGGGCUCAAACUCAGUCUGGUUUGGUGGCAAAGCGCCUUACCCACCGAAUCACCUUGUGGGUGUCUUGCUCACCUUACAGUUAGGUGAGGCUGACUGGCUGGCGACAAGCAGGGAAGAUAAUGCCAUUAGCUGCUCUUCUCAGCACUGGCUUUACCAACCUGUGCCACCGGCACAGAACUCGGGUCCCCUUGCUUGCCCAGCAAGCUCUACCAAUGAAGCCAUCUCCCCAGUUCCUCAUGGUAGGGUCUUCAAAAAGCGUGUUUCAUCUAUUCCACUCUUCCCAAAUAAUGUUUACCGUGCAGACAUGGAAAUGUUGGAAAAUACAGACUUAUGCAAAGAAAGAACUUGUUCCUACUCUAGCCUGUGAAUGGAACAGUGACUGUUUUAGCGUGGUUUCUGUCAGGUUCUUGGGUAAGUUUCCCUUUAGUGGUGUCUGUGUUUCAGGGGACUGGCUGUCCCCUGCAGCAGUUGAGAAACUCACCCUGAACUGGCAGCCCUGGCCUCACCUGGGGAGCCCUGCCCUGCUCAAGCCCUGCCCACCUAACUGGAUUCCUGCAGACAUUUCUCUUUCCUUUCUUUCUUUCUCUGUGUAUCUCUGGCUGUCCUGGAACUCACCUCCUGCCUCUGCCUCUUGAGUGCUGGGAUUAAACAAUAAAUACUGUCAACAGUCCUAUCUUACUACAGACUCCCAAGGAGCAGAAGGCGCUGGUGUGUGUAGGGUCAAACUAGAGUUCACACAGCACUCAUUCCCUGUGGGCUCUGGGGAGUGGAUUCCUUGCCUUCUCUUGUCCUAGAGUACUUCCGCCAGGAGUGGGAAGACUGACUAGCAGCCACUGUGGAUUGUUAGCGUUAGAGGUUAUUUCCGUGGGCACUGGCAUCACCAUUACUACCAGCUGUGACUCUGACAAUUUCUGAUCAUUAAAGCGAGUUCUAGGACAGUCAGGACUGUUACACAGAGAAACUCCAAAUCAAAAAAAAAUUUUUUUUCCCCUGUAAUUUAAAAUUUAGAGAAAAUCGCAAAAAUUAGUAUAAGGAAAUCUAAUGUCGUGGUUGGGUACACUGCUCUGAGAUGUUUUCCUGAGAGGAGUAUCUGUGAUACGUGGGAGGAACAUGCACCUGACUGUCUGACAAGGGUCCUCCGCCGUGUGUUCAGUGGCACGCUGGCUCUGACCUCUGACCUCUCUCUUUUCCUAUUUCUGCUUUCUUAGGCUUUGCACCUCCUGGAAGGAACACUAAAUGAUGAACACUCUCAAGGAGGCGGUGACAUUCAAGGAUGUGGCCGUGGCCUUCACUGAGGAGGAGCUGAAGCUGCUGGACUCCUCCCAGAGGAAGCUGUACCAAGAGGUGAUGGUGGAGAAUUUUAGGAACCUGCUCUCAGUGGGAAUGAACAGUCAGAGCGAGUUGAGGGCUGUCCAGGAUGGAAGGUCACGUGAAGCCCUUUCCUGCUGGCACAUCUGGCAGCGGGUCAUGGACGACUUAAGCAGGUGUCAGGACUCCAUGGUGACUAGCUCGCAGUUACAGGGUGACUCCCCCUGCCUGGGCAGGCGAUGGUCAUCUGCCCAUGUUUCUGAAGAUGAGAACUAUACCCAGAGUCAUAAGGCAAAGGUUCCCGCUGAUACUGGAAGGCUCCCACUUCCAACUUUGAGAGCUCAGGGUUCUUGGCAAAAAGUUUUCCUGACUGAGCCACAGAGUCCUAAGAAUGGAUACCAACCGAUUUCCACAAGAAGUGAACGGGGUCAGAGUAAACAGGACAUGGACUCUGUAGGUCGGAUUUCGCGUUCCCUCAGUGAUCACAGAGUACACAAAAGGAAAGAUGGUCACAGCCCCAGUGGUUGUGUGAGAGAAAACAUAAAGGCGGCAACCUUUGAUCAGAAUAGAACCAUUCAGGCUGGACAGAAAAAUAAUGAUCUCUCUAGCUUUGACCCCCACAAACGGUCAGACCCGAGACAGAGGUCUUGCACAUGUGUGGAAUGCGGGAAAGGUUUCCGUAAUGGCGCAGAUGGUUGUGUUCGUCAGCGAGGUCAUACGGGAGAAAGACAUCAGGGACUUGGCCAUGAUCCGCAUCCACACAUCCCUCAGGAGGUCCCUGCGGCGGUGAAACCAUACGAAUGUGAGCGAUGCGGCAAACUCUUCCGCUGUAGAUCUGCACUUAAUGUUCAUUUUAAAGUCCACACCAGGGAGAGACCGUAUGUUUGUGAGGCGUGUGGGAGCUCCUUCAGCCAGGCCUCCCACCUUCAGGACCAUCAGAGACUCCACACCGGGGAGAAGCCAUUCAAAUGCGACGCGUGCGGCAAGAGCUUCAGUCGGAAUUCGCACCUUCGGUCCCAUCAGAGAGUACACACAGGUGAGAAACCCUACAAAUGCGAGGAGUGCGGGAAGAGCUUCAUUUGCAGCUCAAAUCUCUACAUCCAUCAGAGAGUCCACACCGGAGAAAAGCCCUAUAAGUGUGUGGAUUGUGGGAAAGAGUUUAGUCGCCCUUCGAGUCUCCAGGCCCAUCAGGGCAUACACACCGGAGAGAAAUCCUAUGUUUGUACUGUGUGCGGGAAAGGCUACACCCUGAAUUCAAACCUUCAAGUCCAUCUGCGCGUCCACACCGGAGAGAAGCCAUACAAGUGCGACGUGUGUGGGAAAGUCUUCAGCCGUUCUUCACAACUACAGUCUCAUCAGAGGGUUCACACAGGGGAGAGACCUUACAAGUGUGAGGUUUGCGUUAUGCCUUCUCAGGACAGUGACCUUCCUCCAAAGGAACAAGAGAAAAUGGCUGAAUUUCAGGAGGCGGUGACAUUCAAGGAUUUGGCAUUGGUGUUUACUACAGAAGAACUGGGGCUGCUGAACCUCACGCAGAGAAAGCUGUACAAAGACGUGAUGCUGGAGAACUUCAAGAACCUGGUUGCUGUGGGGUGCUUUCCCCACAAAGCACAUGUGGUGUCUCUACUGGAAGCAGAAGAAAAGCUUUGGCUGAAGGAAAAAGAAGCCCAGAGAAGUAGAUAUCCUGGCAGCAGGAGUGAACAUGCGUCGGCUACUACUGGGAGACGUGCACUAAAACACCUUGCCCAGGAAGAGCUGUCUUGCUGGCGCAUCUGGACACAGGUUGCGCAGGAAUCGACCAGGUGUUUUCAGAGGAGGCGUUCUCAAGCACUGCAAGAUGAUUCCAUUCUGGUUUCUGACAACAACGGCAAUACAGGGAAUCCCGAAGGAGAUAGCUCCAGCUGCCUUGAACAUGAAGACUUUUCAGUCUCAAGAACUCAUAAUUAUUGCCAAAAUAGGUGUCUGCAUAAUUCACAGAACCAGAGCAGAAAUAAGCCGGUCUGUGUGAAGUGUGACCUGUGUGUGUUUGCAGAUUCGAGGAAGAAAUCAUCGCUUUGUAAGCAGCUUAAAAGCAACAAAGGACAGAAGCCCUACAGAUGUGAGAACUGUGGAAAGAGAUUCAGCAGUAGCAAGGGUCUCAUCAUUCACUGCAGAGCUCACAGGGGAGAGAAACCUCAUCAGCGUGAGGAGUGUGGGAAAGGCUUCACCCGAAGUGCAGAUCUUCAUGUCCAUUCCCGUGCUCACACCGCAGAGAAGCCCUGUAUGCGUAAGGAAUAUGGGGAAGGCUGCCGCCAGGAUUCCAGCCUUCAAGUCCAUCAGAAUAGGCACACUGAAGAGAAGCAAUUCAAAUGUGAAACUUGUGGGAAGGGGUACAGUCGGUCCUCGAGGCUUCGUGCCCACCGGAGAGUUCAUACUGGAGAGAAAUCAUACAAAUGUGACGUGUGCGGGAAGGGCUUCCGCUAUAGUUCAAAUCUUAAACAACACCAAGUAACACACACUGGAAAGAAACUGUCUAAGAGUCGGGAGUGUGGGAAAGGCUUCAGUUGUGGGUCGGAUCCUGCUUCUCAGAGGGUCCACUCAGAGAAGAAAGUCUACAAGUGUGAAGAGUGUGAUAAGAGCUUUAGUCAGCUCAUGGAUUAUCAGUCACACCAGCAAGUUCACACUGGAGAAAAACCACACCAGUGUGAGGUGUGUGGGAAGGGCUUCAGUCGCUUAUUUGGCCUUCAUUCCCAUCAGAGAGUCCACACUGGGGAGAAGCCAUACAAGUGUGAUAUGUGUGGAAAGAGCUUUAGGUACAGUUCUCAGUUCACCUACCAUCAGAGAUGCCACACUGGAGAGAAACCCUACAAGUGUCAGGAGUGUGGGAAAGGCUUUGGCAGGAGCACAGAACUUCGCCACCAUCAAAGGAUGCACACAGGAGAGAAACCUCACAAAUGUAAGGAGUGUGGAAAGGCCUUCAGUUUGCCCUCCAAUCUUCGAGUCCAUCUGAACAUUCACAUGAAGGAGAAACUCUUCAAGUGUCAGGAGUGUGGGAAGGGCUUCAGCCAGCGCUCGCGUCUUCAAGCCCACCAGAGAGUUCACACUGGAGAAAAGCCAUACAAGUGUGAUGUGUGUGGGAAGGGCUUCAGUCGCUCCUCUGGCCUCCAUUACCAUCACAGAGUCCACACUGGGGAGAAGCCAUACAGGUGUGAUGUGUGUGGAAAGGGCUUUAUAUACAGUUCUCAGUUCACCUACCAUCAGAGAUACCAUGCUGAAGAGAAACCUUUCAGAUGUCAGGAGUGUGGGAAAUUCUUUGACACCUGCACGGACCUUCGCCACCAUCAGAGGGACCACAUGGGAAAGAAACCUCACAAAUGUAAGGAGUGUGGAAAGGCCUUCCGUUUCCCCUCCAAGCUCCGAGUCCAUCUGAUUACUCACACGAAGGAGAAACUCUUCAAGUGUCAGGAGUGUGGGGAGGGCUUCAGCCAGCUCUCAAGUCUUCAAACACACCAGAGAGUUCACACUGGAGAAAAGCCGCACAGAUGUGACAUCUGUGGGAAAGGCUUCAGUCACGGUUCCCGCCUUCAAAACCAUAAGAAAAUCCACACCCAAGUGUCACGCCCCACCUCGGCCAGCAAGGAAUGACGCGACCACCGGAGCUCUUCUUGCAGCAGUUUUCAGGACUUUAUUCACAGCAAUCUA